GGCGCGGAGACUUCGACGUACCAGCAAGCAUGAAGAACCGAACUGCGCUGACCUGGCUGGUGGUCGCCGCGACCACCGCCGCAGCAGUCGCCGCCGAGGACUGGGUGUGGUCCUCCAAUGGCCGCGACCUGGGCGGGGCGACCGGGCGCCUCGACGACCGCGGGUCCUACCGCCUGGAAGACACCAGGCGACCGUCCAGGCUCACCGACUACGACAGGAGGCCGCCGGCGCCCAUCUACGAGAGCAACAGCGGCGACAGCUCGGCGCCGCCCCCGAGGAGGCCAGGCUACCGGCCCCCGGGGGGCGGUGCCGUCCUGACGGGCCCCACCCCCAGCUGGGAGCACCACGAGGGCGGCGGCAGGUACCGCGACUACGACCACUGCAAGUGCGCCUACGCCUUCAACUGCGCCUCCCCGGGCAUCCUCUUCGGCUCCUGUGAUGUGGACAAGCAGUACUGCUGCAAUGACGAGAAGCAUUUGCGCCCCGGGCAGGGAUCAAGGUUCGACGGUAGGGAGGAGGGGAGGCCCCCGCGAUUCGACGGCAGGGAAGACGGGAGGCCCCCGCGGUUCGACGGUAGGGAAGACGGGAGGCCCCCGCGGUUCGACGGUAGGGAAGACGGGAGGCCCCCGCGGUUCGACGGUAGGGAAGAUGGGAGGCCCCCGCGGUUCGACGGAAGGGAUGAGGGGAGACCCCCGAGGUUCGACCGCCCCGUCCUUGUAGGUCCCGGUGGUCCGGCGGGAGUUCCCGGGAACUACGGCGGCGGCUACGGCGGCUACCGGCCGCAGCGCGGGGACGGCUUCUACGAUUCCUACUCCAGGUCCUCCAGCGUCGACGCCAAGGCGACCAAGAACUGAGUCACGCUCUGCCGAGCUGAUGCCCACUACUCAAGCACAUCGUCACGUGUCGCGUCAGCCGCCAGUUUCACAACACCAGAGCCUCCCGUUACAGGAAGUCGGUAGUACAAGAAACAUUGUUCCUGAGAAAAAGUAUUUGCUUAAGAGUAUGUGAUAUUAUAUAUUAACUGUAAUAACAUAAACAUCAAAAUUAUAAUUUUCAUAUUAUUUAAUUCACAUGUGCACUCACCCUUGGUUUAAUGUGAUAAAUCACUGGUACUACAAGUACUGCACUACAUAGAGUAACAACGGUUUUCAAUUGGUAACAUUGAAAUGUUAUUUUUAUCUGUAAAAGUUAAAUAUUUAUUUUGAAACAAUGGAAAAUAAAGGUAGGAUUCGAAAUAUUACUAGUUUCGUUGCUUCAACUGGCGAAACUGUUCAAGAGUACCUACUGAAUAGUCUAAACACCUAGUUUCGUCAUAAAUGAACACUUUGGUAUUUUAUCAGGAAAAUGAUUUCGAUAAUUUAAUACAAUGCUAAACAUUAAGUUUUUGUUUCAGUAAUUCUGUAAUUCUGUAAUUCAGUAAUUCUGACAAAUUAAUUACUGCCAAUAUUCCUACUUAAUAGUUUCACAAAACCACGAAAAGAAAAUUAUACUAGGCCAUUACGACUAACAACAAUAUAAUAAUCGUUUACCAGUAUAUUUGUCUAGACAUUGACUAAAGCAGAAGACAAAAAAAGCUUUAACAAUUUUUACCAACACAUUUUAAUUAAUUAAUGCAUGAUACCUUGAUAAAUAUUUAUUUUUAUAAACAUCUUAUAUAUGUUAAUACAUUUAUUUUUAAUAUUUAUUGGUUGUGCAUUACAUUUAUUUUUUAAAAAAUAUAUGUAUUCACUGAUAGCUGUACCUGUAUGUGCUACAUGCCCUUUUAUCAUGUUUUGUAAAUAAUUUAUUGUAUCUGUGUACUGUUUGUGAAUAAAAAACACAUUUCAUGCAUGGA